CGGACGGCAGGGAGGAGGCGGCCCGGCCUGGCCCGCCGCAGGGAGGCACCGCGGGCGAGCCGCGAGGAGGGAGCGCCGGACCCGGAUUCAGGCGUCGCGGGAGGAUGGGCAACGGCGACUCCAAGCUCAACUUCAGGAAGGCGGUGAUUCAGCUCACCACCAAGACCCAGCCUGUGGAGGCAACAGAUGAUGCCUUCUGGGACCAGUUCUGGGUAGAUACGGCUACUUCAGUACAAGAUGUCUUUGCCUUAGUUCCAGCUGCGGAAAUCAGAGCUGUGAGGGAAGAAUCCCCUUCAAAUUUGGCUACUUUGUGUUACAAGGCUGUAGAAAAGCUGGUGCAAGGAGCUGAAAGUGGCUGUCACUCUGAGAAGGAAAAGCAGAUUGUCCUGAACUGCAGCCGCCUCUUGACGCGCAUCCUACCUUAUAUCUUUGAGGAUCCUGACUGGAGAGGCUUCUUUUGGUCUACUGUUCCUGGGGCUGGGCGAGGAGGAGGGGAUGAAGAUGAUGAAAAUGCGAGGCCUUUGGCUGAAUCGUUGCUCCUGGCUGUCGCCGAUUUGCUCUUCUGUCCUGAAUUCACGGUCCAGAGUCAUCGAAAAAACAAUGUGGAUACAGCUGAGGAUAUCCAUGCAAUCGAUAGUUGUGAAUACAUCUGGGAAGCUGGUGUUGGGUUUGCUCAUUCUCCGCCACCCAGCUACAACCAUGAUUUAAAUAGGACAGAGCUGUUGAAACUCCUGCUGACAUGUUUCUCUGAAGUCAUGUACCUUCCACCCUCCUCCGACAGCAGCAACACUAACCCCUGGGUCCAGUUCUUUUGUUCCACUGAGAACAGGCAUGCGCUACCACUGUUCACUUCCCUCUUGAAUAUCAUCUGUGCUUAUGAUCCAGUGGGCUACGGGAUCCCUUAUAACCACUUGCUGUUCUCGGACUAUCGUGAACCCCUGGUGGAGCAGGCUGCCCAAGUCCUGAUAGUCACAUUGGACUAUGAUACGUCCACCAGCUCCAGCCCCACAGUAGAUGGCACUACUACUGGAACCGUCAUGGAUGAUGCUGAACCUCCAGGACCAGACAACCUAUUUGUGAAUUACCUAUCUAGGAUACACAGAGAAGAGGAUUUCCAGUUCAUUCUGAAAGGAACGGCCCGCCUGCUUUCCAAUCCGCUGCUCCAAACGUACCUGCCGAACUCUACCAAAAAAAUCCAGUUCCAUCAGGAGCUCCUGGUUCUCUUCUGGAAACUCUGUGAUUUCAACAAGAAAUUUCUCUUCUUUGUGCUGAAGAGCAGUGAUGUCCUGGAUAUCUUAGUGCCAAUUCUCUUCUUCCUGAAUGAUGCUAGAGCAGAUCAGUCUCGGGUUGGGCUUACGCAUAUUGGUGUCUUCAUCCUGUUGCUGCUUAGUGGGGAAAGAAAUUUUGGGGUUCGCCUGAACAAGCCUUAUUCUGUGCGAGUACCAAUGGAUAUCCCUGUAUUUACAGGGACACAUGCUGAUCUUCUCAUUAUCGUCUUUCACAAGAUCAUUACUAGUGGGCAUCAGCGACUGCAGCCCCUCUUUGACUGCCUCCUUACCAUCAUUGUGAAUGUAUCACCAUACUUGAAGUCUCUUUCUAUGGUAGCUGCUAACAAACUACUGCACUUACUGGAAGCCUUUUCAACUACGUGGUUCCUCUUCUCCACUGUCCAGAACCAUCACCUUGUCUUCUUCUUGCUGGAGGUUUUCAACAAUAUUAUCCAAUACCAGUUUGAUGGCAAUUCCAACUUGGUCUAUGCCAUUAUUCGCAAGCGAAAUGUGUUCCACCAGCUGGCCAAUCUGCCUACAGACUUGCAGUCUAUCCAGAAAGCUCUGCAGCGCAAAAAGAAAGCUCCUGAACCCAUAUCUCGUACCAACUCUCAGGAUGGGAUGUCCAUGGAAGGGUCUCGACCUGCUGCACCUGCUGAGCCUGGGACACUGAAAACCAGCCUAGUAGCAACUCCAGGCAUUGACAAACUCACAGAGAAAUCCCAAGUGUCAGAGGAUGGAACCAUGUGCUCCCUAGAGCCAGAGUCCUCCUCCCAGUCUCCAGUAGAGGGCAGCCCCCCUGGCAUUGUCAGUGAUACAGAAUCUUGGAGUGGGGACUCAUUACAGCCUAAGCGUGAUCGACGGCGCUUCUCCAGUGCAUCCUCAAGUGGGCAGUGGAAUCCAACUCCUGAAUGGGUGAUGUCUUGGAAGUCAAAGCUGCCCCUGCAGACAAUCAUGCGCUUGUUACAGGUCUUGGUCCCCCAAGUAGAGAAGAUCUGCAUUGACAAGGGCCUCACGGAUGAGUCUGAAAUCCUGAAGUUCUUGCAGCAUGGCACACUGGUGGGGCUACUCCCUGUCCCCCAUCCCAUCCUGAUCCGCAAAUAUCAGGCUAACUCUAGUACUGCCAUGUGGUUCCGUACCUACAUGUGGGGAGUUAUUUAUUUGAGAAAUGUGGAUCCUCCCAUCUGGUAUGAGACUGAUGUGAAGCUGUUUGAAAUUCAGCGUGUCUAAAGAAAGGGAAGGCAGGGCAAACUUGCCUCUGUUAAACACUGGAAACAAGGAUCUUGCUGUGCGCUUCUACAUCACAGCUAUUCCUUCAUUUCACUGCCUGUUGAAUGAAGCAAAAGACGAUCACUUCCCUUUACCCACCUGCCACUUUAAAGCUAAGAGACCCGUCCUCAUGACCUUGUCUGCAGAGCUUCUGAAGGAAUGUUAAUGGAAGAAUGCGUUAGGACAGGCAGCUUUGGUGAUUGCACUAAAAACCAAACCAUGUUUCAUGCUUAUUUCUGGUGUGAUUCUGAACCUGACUACGUAACCUGGGAAGCAGUUGUCUCGCUCCCUACUCAGAUUCAGACUCUACAUUAAAAAAAAAAAACUGAAUGUAAAGAGUUAUAAAACUGGACCAAUGAAGGAAGUACUACUUCAGGUAGUUCUGUGGUUCUUGUCCAAAGAAUGUAGCCCAGCCCUUUCACGUUGUAGGCGUUUUCGACACUAUACCUAGCCAUAGUUGGGCAGUAGUUUCACUCAUUCACUUAGGUGACUAUGGGAUUCUAUUUAUUUAAACCACUUCAGGUUCUUUUGGGUUUGGUUCUCUUAUUUGCUUUUGAAAUGUGCUUAACUACUUCAUACCUGAUGCUGUAAUGUAGCAGUUUGGUGUAAUGGUUAAGAGCAGCAGGCCUCUAAUCUGGAGAGCUGGAUUUGAUUCCUCUCUCCUCUGCUUAAAGCCAGCUGGGUGACCUUGAGACAAUCACAGCUCUUUCAGAGCUCUCUCAGCCCCGCCCACCUCACAGGGCGAUUGUUGUGAGGAUAAUAACACACUUUGUAAAUCGCUUUGAGCGGACAUUAAGUUGUCCUGAAGGGCGGUAUAUAAAUUGAAUUAUUAUUAUUAGCAUCUAAAUUUGUAUCCCCCUACCCUUUCCCACUUUGUUUUAGAGGGUAUCCUGUUGAAGGUGGAUGUGUGUCAAAGGCCAUCAUGCAUCCUUUUUAUGCUCUGCAGGGCAGCAUAAAGCAUAUUCUACCUUACUGUGUGCUGGGAGUAGUUUAUUUUCUUUGCCGCUUUCCAGUUUCCUGUAGCUCAGUUAGACAGGGUAGCCAGGAAAGAGUUCUUGCAGAGCUAGGCAGCCUACGAUGGAACAUCUCUCGAAAUGGUGGGUGGUACUAGACAUGUGCAUCUUUUCAGAAAUCCAGAGGGAAUAUUUCUGAUAUAUUGAAUAAGAAAAGACACAUUGUUAGCAUGAUAAUUGAAGCGGAGGUGAAUUACUUAGGAGGCUGCCUAGUGUUGCUCCUAUUCAAGGCUGACUAAGUUAGACUGUAAUAGAUUCAAGUUGUUGUUUUUUUAAAAUUGAGAAUUUCUGUCUGGCAUAGUUCUUGAGCUGGCAUGGGCUGGUCGUUAGAAUGUAUGACCAAGUUAUCCCAGUUCACAUGGUGCAAGCCAAUAUCCCUUUGCAGAUAAUGGGCCACAGAUCCAUUCCUUGGCUUAAUUCUGCUUGAACCUCAGAGAUCUCAUUUUAGCCAGAAGGGCCACACUGCAGAAACACAGGUGUAUAAGACUGUUCUAACCAUGGAGAAUGGUAGGUGUGUCAUCUUCGCCACCCUGUGUUGGCCUUGUUCUCAACUUAAUAUGCACCAUGAAGCGGUAUGUACUCUAGGUAAAUGGCUCUGAGAUUUCAAAGGCCGUUUUACUGCUGCCCUCUCCACCUGCCCCUGCCCACAUAAUAGAAACUUCCACUCUCAAAUGUGAGGCUCUUAAGCUAAAGGUUUGCCACCCCUUCCCUUUAUCACAGAAAAACAAUAGUAGGUUUGCCACUGUUUAUACUAAUGCAGUUUGCUUAUUUUGUUCAAUAAUUUAAUGUUUUGGGAUCUAGACAUCUAAGGCUAUUCAAUAUUGAAUAAAGUAAGCAAAUUCCAGAUGUUAUCUGGAACUUAUUCUAGAUAUUUUGAAGGUCAAAGAAUAGAUGAAAAGUCCUCUUUCUGUCCUGCUUGCCUCUUCAACCCACAGAAUCCUCGCAUUUCAGCUUUUCCCAUCUUCUCAUUUGACUGAUCGGCCCCACUGAAAACGUCAGUCGCUUCCCUGAAGUAUCUUCUGUCUCUCAAAUGUGAUAGUUUUAGCAAGGAGGCUGAUUGUACCACAUUUGUAUCUUGCAGCAGGUGGGAAGGUUCUCCCUGUCAGAAACGGGUCUCUCUGUUCUCCCCCCCCCCCCGCCCAUACUCUCACACACUAUGAUCUUACAUCUUUUUGUUUUGUGAUUGUGUAUUUUCCUUGUGAAUUUAUCUAGACUUUUGCGUUCUUUGGUGUUGCAGGUCUGAUCUUUGUUCAAAUUUGCACUGUAAACUAUUUGCUUUACAUAUAGAGAUAAAAUUAUCUU